AUCAUAGACUGUUUUGUCGCCACAAGUCGCCAUUUUUAUUUUUCUCGCCUAUACUUUUAAAAGUACAAAACGAGAAUUAGGGUUUUUGUCGCGCCGCGAGAGAAGUAACAGUGAGAGAGAGAGGUUGGGAUAUUUAUCCAAUUUUAUUGUUGCAAAAAAAAAAGUGAGAGAAAUAAUAUUUAGUUUUCUGUGUGAUAUUUUAUUAAAUUUGAUAAAAAAAAAGCAUUAUAAAUGAAGAUGGUAGACAAAAUUGAAAUGAGCCUCGACGAUAUUAUAAAGCAAAAUAAAGGUGGCCGAAGCCGUGGCGGCGUUGGUGGACGACGUGGAAGAGGAGGCACCGGUGGCUCACCUCGUAGAGGAGCUCGUGGUGCUCAAAGAACUGGCGGUGGCGUCAUGAGAGGAAGAAAUCGCGGUGGAAUCGUACGAAGUUCACUUCCAUACACAAGGGGCGAUGUAAACAGUGCGUGGAAACAUGACAUGUUCGAUGGAGUGAAAAAAGUCGGUCGCGGCCUGAUUGGCAGUUCAGGUACCACCAAACUUUUGGUAUCAAAUCUCGAUUUUGGAGUUUCCGACUCAGAUAUUCAGGAACUUUUCAGUGAAUUUGGCCCGCUAAAAUCAGCGGCAGUUCAUUAUGAUAGAUCUGGUCGUUCUUUGGGCUCCGCUGAUGUUAUUUUCGAGAGAAGAGCAGACGCAAUUAAAGCCAUGAAACAAUACAAUGGAGUUCCACUUGACGGUCGCGAGAUGAAUAUUCAAGUGGCAACAUCAGAGAUUCCAGUACCACAAGCAAUUCGCAACACAUCGAGAAUUGGAGGCGGCAAUUUUCCACAAAGGUCACAGCAACGCUUCCGGGGAAAUCGAGGAACCGGACCCACCAGAGGUCGAGGUGGCGGCGGUCCAGGACGCCGAGGAGGACGAGGAGGCAAUCGUACAGCGACAAAAACCCCAACUGCCGAGGAACUUGACGCCGAAUUGGAAGCUUACGUUAAAGAAGUAAAGUAACGUAUAACUCAAACCGAAGAGAGAAACAGAGAGAGAGUGAAAAAAAUUAAAAUAAAAAUUUAGCACGCGUUUCACAAAAAAGGAGAAAAAUCAAUGAUGAUCCUUACAUUUAUUUCUGCACACAAUGAAAAUGUGUGUUUUCUGCAAAUUUCUCCUUUCUUUUUAUUUCCUACUAAUUAUAAAACAAAAAAAAAAAUACGUGACAAUGCGUGUAUUAUGACUUUUUAAGAAAAAAAAACACAUUCGGCCCUUGAUUCUUAGUGGUUUUUUUUAAUCCCCCAACGUCACGUUUACUAUAAAAAUUAAAAGAAAAAGAAAACCCUUGAAUCUUAAGGGUCAACGAAGAAAAGAUACUUUUUUUUUAAUUUAUAUAUAUUAUAUUAAAAAAAAAAAAGAAACUGUAAUAACUCGGCGACCAAUGAAUAAUCUCCCAACUUAAUUUUUAAGUUCUACUUCUCUUUUUUUUAAAUCACACAAAACACAAUAUUGUUGUUAAUUACAAAAAAAAAGUAUAAAUAAAACUCUUUCAAGAUUUUAAAGACUGUAUGGAAAUUUUGUAUAUGUAAUAAUGAGAAUGCGAUUAUAAAUUGGAGAGUACAUUACCAAAAAAAGGAAUUAAAAUACUUAGAGAAUAACACAAAAAAAAAAAUUAAAUAAAAAUUCAGCGAGAAAAAAUUCAA